AAGUGCUUAUGCGCCACUUCAUCCUUCGCUGUCAUGGUAGCCUCGCAGCGCAUCAAGUCGUACAGUCUAGUGGACUGCUGUCCUAGAAGACUAGUUACAACAUUGCCCAGUUGACGCCACCGCCUGCAGGACGCCAAAUCUAGUCACUUGCCGGUGAAAACGUACGGCGGCAACUCUUAAAAAUGACCUCGAAAAGGCGGCUUCACAAACCACUAUAGCCCAUCGAGCAGCUAGGAAACAAAAGAGCCUACCCCAGGCGUCUCGCUGCCACCGCUUGAGCUCUAGACUCGCCUUCGUUGCGCCGAGCUACUGCAUGUAACGCUCAGCCUCACGGCCUUGUCCGCAAAACAAGGGCAUGCAUGCAUCAUCAUGCAUACAAAGAGGUCCACCUAGAACUCAACACUCUACAGCCACAGUGCAAAAUCCAGAACUUUGCGCAAUACACUGAAUCAUUCUCAAUGACUUGACUUUACGAUCUGCUUUUUGCUUUCUGCUUGUUAUCGUAGCGACGGCGUUGAGCUUAUCGACGCGGGCAUUAUGGCCCCCCCACCAAGAUCGACCUUGGAUGCGGACGACUUGCUGUUGAAUGGCUUCUUCAAGACGUCGAGAAGCCGGCAAACUGCCCCGUCUCCGCCUCCCAUCUACGGUUCACUGCCAGUUAACCUCCAAGCACCCUCUUUCUACGACACCACUCAACCCUCGAGACCUCGGCAGCCCCCAAGAAAGGGCUGGCCGCCGAAACCACACUGCGAAGAUGAGAGAGACUCAUUGGUGAGGGAAUAUGGGGAGGCACACGCGAAGGCUUUCUACGACCCGCCCUCCAAAGGUGUGAUAGAUCAGCUACCUAUCCUCUACGACUCUGAGCUCUCUGUCUCCGAUUCUAUGAAACCCGAACCCACAAAGCCAGAGCCACCAUGCCGGAAAGAUGACAACGGCGAGCGACGUUUCGUGCUUGUACCCAAGCCGGAUACCCCCUCCUCGUCUGAGAACGACACUGCAGGGAAAUCCAAGAAGGUGCCUGUCAAACCAGUCGUCGUCCAAGAACAAGUGAAACCAAGGCACCAUAGAGAGGGUCGAAAUUCUCCCCCAGAACAAGUGAGACCGAGGCAUCGAAAGGAGAGUCGAGAUUCCCCUCCGCCCAUAACUCGAAGGAGAAGUCGGCAGGAUCUGCCUGCUCUGACCACGAAUCUCGAGCCUCACCCCCCACCAUUCCGCCGUUCGACUUCGGCAUACGCUUACAAUCCGAGGCAUGAUGAUCCUGGCCGCACGGUUAGAAGCCCGUCAGUGAUUCCGUCAGCGAAUGCAUUCUUAUCUCCUGAGUCGUCUGCGGGAAAUGGAGGCCUGUUUGAUAUCGCUGCCCACUCACUACCAAGGAAGUAUGGCGGCUCAUCCCCAAAGCCUAGCUCACCGAUGACCGAGAGGAAACCAACCUUGAGUGGAUCGUUGCAGCCGCAUAUGCUAGGUCAUGAUAAUAGCCGUGGGAGUGUGGACAGCAGACCUAGAUCCAGAGGAGAUCCAGCAGAGAGACCGCCACGGCCCCUGCCGUUGGGUGAUGAUAGUAGCUCGCGCCGCCCAGAACGACCAAGUUCGCGGCUCAAUCAGCAUGACAGCUCUGAUCGUCGCCACUCACGGCAGUCCUCAACCCAGUCAACCAGGAGAGGAUACGUCAGCAGUGACCUAGAUGAUAGCGACUCGUCAAACUCCGACAGGCGACGUCGGCGCCACCAUCGUCACCCAUCUCGCCACGGGGACAGUCUGUAUCCUGAAGUCGAACCUUCGCGACAUCGCCGGACCGGUUCCAAUCAAUCAAAUCUUGAUUUCGGUACUCCCAAGAAAACAUACUCCAUGCCACUCCCCAGCCCACGAACAGGGGGAGCAGGGCCGCUUGCAGCAGUUGGCCUCGCUGCGGGGCUGUUAGAUAGCCAGAGAAAGGACACAUACCCACCUGUAUUUGAGAAUACAGCGGGAUCGAGGCCUGUCUCUCCGUUUUCUCCAUAUGGUUCAACCCCGCAGACGCCUUAUACCGCUCCAGGUAGACAAAGGGACCUGAGUCCUGUCGACAUCGACCCGUUAUCUAAAGACCCCAAUGCUACGCUACCGAUGCCUAUCCCAAUGAGUGGGAGAGGACGUGGCGAUGUACAAUUUCCCAGUCCCUAUGGCCAAGGUAGCUAUCAAUCUGGCACGCCUCCCACGCAAAAGGAUUACUGGCAACCGCCUCCCUUCCAACCUCCAGUCGAAUCUCCCCACCUCGAGGUCCCGAACAUGGGCUACGUCCGCCGAUUCUCCGAAGACAUGGGCGGCGACGGCAGCAUCGCUCCGCUCCUACCCUGUCCCCGCACCUCCCCCGUCCGCGGCAAAGUCGACUGGCUCACCCUCCCCAAAUGCCGCGGCUUCAACAUCUGCCCCUCCUGCUACCAAUCAGCCAUCGAACAAACUCCCUUCCACACCUUCUUCGUCCCCGCGCCCUUCCGCUCCCUCGACGACGAGGUAAGCUGCGACUUCGGCACCCAGCCUUGGUACCGCAUCGCGUGGCUCCUCCUCAAGAAGAACCGCGCGAAGGACCUUGCUCUCCUCCACCAAAUCGCACAUAUCUCCGCCACCACGCCACCCUGUCUCGGCGGCCACGAGGCAACACGGAAAUGGCACUCGGUGCGCGACCCCGACUCAGGACGCCUCGUUCACAACUUUGGCGUCUGCCACGCCUGCUCGCAGGUCGUCGAGGCCCUGCUCCCGGCUACCCGCGGCCUCUUCGUGCCUACCCACCCUGAAGGUGCGCCGGCGCCAAAACGCACCUGCGAUCUCCGCUUUGAUAGCCCGCGCUUCUUGCACUACUUUGACUCGCUGGAACUGCUCGCUGACCGGGCUGGUGCCUCGGGACGCGCACUGGACUCACGCCCGUUCGUGGGGUUGGCGAAGCGCUUCGUUACUACGCAGCCGUGUAGGGGGGAUAAGGAUGUGUUUGAUUCGCGGUGGUAUUCUAUCGCGCAGUUGCCUGAGCUGUCUGUGUGCGCUGAGUGUUUCGAGGAGGUUGUGCGGCCAGAGGCGGAGCGGCGGCGUGCUAUUGCGGCGAUGUUUGCGCUGGGGAGGGAGGUGCCGGUUGGGAAUUGUGGGAUGCAUUCGCGGAGAAUGAGGGAGGUGUUUAGGGAGGCUGUUAGGAAGGAUGAUUAUGUGUUGUUGGCGAGGGCGGCGAGGGAGAGGAGGGAGAAGGAGGUUAAUAGAUUGAGAAGGGAGUAGGGAGGGUGGGAAUAGGUGGGAUGAGAAAUGAGUUACGAAUAUAUGAAUACGACAGAGCUAGACUAGAUGAAUACGAAAC